AUGAAGUUCGGCACCACCCUCCGCAAGAGCGUGUACCCGCCGUGGAAGGCGCAGUACAUCGACUACGACAGGCUCAAGAAGCUGCUCAAGGACAGCGAGGACGACGACAGCUGGACCGCCGAGGACGAGAGUGCGUUUGUCGACGAGCUCGCUAACGUGCAGCUCGAGAGGGUGCACGGCUUCAUCCUCGAUGUCUCGCAGAAGCUGCGCGAUCGCACUUCGGCCUGCGAGAGAAGGCUGGAGCCGUUGGCUGUUGGGUCGAAGGUGGAUGGUGAGGAGGUGGAGGAUGGCCAGGAGGACGGCACCAAGGACGGCACCAAGGACGGCACCAAGGACGGCGACAAGGACGGCGACAAGAAGCAGCCCGAGCUCAGCCAGGCAGAGCGCGAGAAGUUGCUGAAGGACGUCCUGGCCGAGCUGGACAAGGUCACCAAGGAGGUCAAAGAGCUGGAGGGCUUCAGCCGCAUCAACUUCACCGCCAUCAUCAAGGCUACCAAGAAGCACGACAAGCUGCGCGGCAAGUCGUACAAGCUGCGGCCCUUCAUCGACGCCCGCCUCGCCCGGCACCCGCUGCAGACCGAGGAUGCCUCACCGCUGCUGUACCGCCUGUCGGCGCUGUACUCGUUUGUCCGCCAGAGCCUCGAGGGCAAGAGCAAGGAGGCUCUGUCCUUCUCCGAGGACAGCAUCGCCGGCAAGGGCUUUACUUCCCACAAAUUCUGGGUGCACAUGGACAACCUCUUCGAAGUCAAGACCGUCAUCCUCCGCCGCCUGCCCGUCCUCGUCUACAACCCCCAGUCCGCCAAGAUCGCUGAGGGCACGCAGCGCGACCCCACAAUCACCUCCGUCUACUUUGACAACCCCAACUUCUCGCUGUACUCGGACAAGGUCAACGACAAGGAGAAUGCCUCCUCGCUCCGUCUGCGCUGGUACGGCCAGCUCAACGAGAAGCCCGAGAUCAUGUUCGAGAAGAAGGUCAUCAACGAGGGCAAUAGCAGCGAGGAGGUCCGCUUCCCCAUCAAGGCCAAGUACAUACAGCCUUUCCUCGAGGGCAAGUACCACAUGGAGAAGAGCAUCGAGAAGCUCAUGUACAGGCCCAACAAGGACCAGAAGAAGAUUGAUGACUUGAAGCAGGCGGUGGAAGACAUCCAAGGCUUCAUCCAGGAGAAGGACCUCCAGCCUGUUCUGCGUGCCAACUACACACGCACUGCAUUCCAGAUCCCGGGCAACGACAGCGUCCGCAUCUCGCUCGACACCAACCUGGCGCUCAUUCGCGAGGAUGCCUUGGACAUGGACAGGCCGUGCCGUGAGCCCGAUGACUGGCACAGGCGUGAUAUCGACAAUGCCAACAUGGAGUUCCCGUUCAAGAACCUCAAGAAGGGCGAGCUUCACAAGUUUCCCUUUGCCCUGCUCGAGAUCAAGGUCAAGGGCCUGAAGAAGUACGAGUGGGUCGAGGACCUCAUCCACUCCCAUCUCGUCCAGGAAGCACCCCGUUUCUCCAAGUUCGUUCACGGUGUCGCAAAGCUCUUCGAAGACAACGUCAACACCUUCCCCUUCUGGCUCAGCCAAGUCGAGGACGAUAUCCGCAAAGAGCCGGAGCAGGCCUUUGACGACGAGCAGGAGCGCAAGCGCAAAGCUGCCGAGGACGAGGUCGCCGUCGGUUCCCUCUUCGGCAUAGCAGCGAGCCCCUCAUUCCGUCGCAGUAUCACAUCACCCGUCGGCUCGCCAGCUGCAGCCCGCUCCGCCCCCAAGAGAGGAUCCGCCGCCCAAGUCGCGCCCAGCACCGUCGCGCACUCGAUGCCCGUCACCCGCCUCCCCGAAUCACGCCUGGAAUCGCACCAAGAAGAAUCCCGCGCCAACGAAGAGCCCGACAGCGACGAAGACGGCGUCGCGAAAAUCUCGCCCUACGCAAGCGGCCGGACCAACGGCCUCGCCAAACUCUUCCCCUCGUUCUCCACCUCCAAGUACGCCAAGAAACAGCGCAGAGUCAAGCUACCCCCGGGCAUCUCGGCCCCGGGCGUCUGGAUCAAGGACCAGGGCCCCGUCCGCGUCGAGGCCAAGGUCUGGCUCGCGAACCAGCGCACCUUUAUCAAGUGGCAGCACGUCUCGGUCCUGCUCGCCUCGCUCUCGCUCGGUCUGUACAACGCCGCCGGCGAGGGCAACGACAUUGCGCGCGCCCUGGCCGUCGUGUACACGAGCAUUGCCGUCUUCGCGCUCGCGUGGGGGUACACGAUGUACUGGUACAGAAGCAAGCUGAUCCGCGAGAGGAGCGGGAAGGACUUCGAUGCCCUCACCGGCCCGCUCGUCGUCGCUGUUGGCCUGGCCGUUGCGCUAUGUCUGAAUUUCGGGUUCAAGUAUCAGGCACUUCGGCAUGCAAAGGAGGCGGCGCGGCACGGGCAUGGUAAUGCGUCGCUUGUGGGGGAGAACAUGGAGCUCAAGCUCUGA